AUGGCUGAGGAGUAUGAGGGUGCGGAUUUCGAGUCUGAGGAGGAAGUAUUUGAGGAGGUAAUUGAGGAGGAGGUCGAAAAUGCUGCAGAUAAUGCUACUUUCGUGACUUCGGGUGAACCACCACGAACCCAACCCGGGAUGAGUAUGCCUCCAUCGGGCCCGGUGGAAAAAGGUAAACGUAUCACCACGCCUUACCUGACAAAGUACGAACGAGCCCGUGUGUUGGGGGCUCGGGCUCUCCAGCUCUCUAUGUCUGCUCCCGUUAUGGUCGAGUUGAGUGGUGAGCGCGAUCCCCUCAAAAUUGCAGAGAAGGAAUUGCGUGCCAACAAGAUUCCUAUCGUUAUCAGACGCUACUUACCUGAUGGGAGUUUUGAGGAUUGGAAUCUGGAUGAGCUGAUCCUUGUGGAUUAA